AUGUAUCCGUAUAAUUGUUAUAAUGGACAAAUACUUUCCAAUGGUAAAGUUACUCAAGCAAUUCUCGACUUACGAGGAAAGCUAUGUUUCGUUGUCGUGAGAUUAGAAAAUGGUGUACAAAUCGAUUUACCAGUACCUACAAUUCAGGAAAUUAGUGAGAGAUUUUUUUACAGGAAAGCAAAAACUCAACCCGAUAAACCAGCCCGACCUCCAAAUAAAUUCUUUAUAUUUCGCACCAUGUUCCAAGUGGCCAUUGAUAACUUCAAACUUCAAGUUCCAAUUGUAUCCAGUCUUGCAAGUGAAGUUUGGCGUAAAUGCACUCCAGAAGUCAUUGAGAUAUUUACAAAGCUCUCGAAUAUUGCAAAAAUGGAACACGGGAAAUUAAACCCUGGAUAC